AUGAUAAGAGACAAUGAAAUUUCAACUAUGCUUCAUGCAAGUAGGCUUCUUCAACAAUUUAUCGUUGAUGGUUACACUAUGAUGGAGUCUCAAAGACUUCAUUGGAUUACAACGCACCAGAAAGAACUCAGGGGUGACUUGUAUCAAGAUCUAUCAGACGCGAUUCUAACAGGGGAAACACAAGCAUCUUUAACUGGUAAACGCAUUAUUUUACCAUCUUCAUUCACUGGAGGAGCAAGAUACAUGAUUCAAAACUAUCAGGAUGCAAUGGCAAUCUGUAGAUGGGCUGGUUACCCAGAUCUUUUUAUUACUUUCACAUGCAAUCCUGCAUGGCCAAAAAUCAAACGGUAUUGCGAGAAAUAUAAUCUUUCCUCGACAGAUAAGGCCGACAUCCUAUGCAGAGUCUUCAAGAUGAAAUUACAAUCACUGUUAAAGACAAUCAAGGACAAGAAAAUUUUUGGCACCAUACGUGCAGGGAAGGUAGUUCUUGCUGUUGCAUCAAGUGCAAUUGCAACUACUUUGUUACCAUCAGGAAGAACUGCACACUCAAGAUUUGCAAUCCCAAUUGAUAUAAAUGAAGAUUCAGAUGAAGCUCCAAUGAUACGUCGCCAUUGUAUAGAAGCAUUUGAUCGCUCACUCAAAGAUAUAAUGCAUUGUGAUCUACCAUUUGGAGGGAAGUCUAUAGUCAUGGGAGGUGAUUUCCGUCAGAUUCUACCUAACAUGCAGUUGACAUCAUCUUCAUCCUCUUCUGAUCGUGAAAAAAUAGAGAAAUUCUCACAAUGGUUACUAGAUAUUGGAGAUAGCAGGGUUGGAGAAUCAAAUGAUGGCAUUGUAGAUAUUGAAAUUCCAUCAGAGAUAUUGAUUACUUUAUACAAGGAUCAUUUGGCUACAAUUGUGUCAUCUACAUACCCAGACUUAUUGGAUAAUUUGUCCAACACGACAUAUUUCAAUGAUCGGGCAAUCCUUGCACUAACUCUUGAGUGCGUUAACCAGAUAAAUGAAUUCAUGUGUGGUAUUUUACCUGGUGAAUUGGUAGAAUAUUUCAGUUGUGAUUUUGUUUGCAGAUCAUCAUAA